CAGUAAUACUAACAAAAAGUUACUUGGAGAAUGACCAACUUAACCAUUAGAUUUUACUAAACGUGGUAUUGCUUUUGAGUGGAGGUUACCUUUCAACAAUGAAUGCCAUUCUGCUAUUCGUUGCAGUUCUAUUUAAUAUUGUCUCACUUACACAAACAGUUGAACAAAAAUGUACAGAAAAAGACUUCAAAUGUGCAAAUGGAGAUUGUAUUCCUAUGAAAUGGAAGUGUGAUGAAUAUAAUGAUUGCAGAGAUAAAUCCGAUGAACUUAAUUGUAAAAAAGAAAAAUCAUCUUGCAACCCAAAGAACACUUUCACAUGUAAAGAUAAUGCAGAUCCUCAAUGUAUUCCACUUCGUUGGAGAUGUGACAGAGAAUCAGAUUGCAAAGAUGGCAGUGACGAGAAGGAGUGUAAUAAAACAUCAUGUCCAAUUGGAAUGAUUGAUUGUCCAUCAUCCAAGAGUUGUAUCUCAAAGCUAUGGUUGUGUGAUGGAGAUAAUGACUGUGGAGAUGGUUGGGAUGAAAGAAAUUGCUCCAAUUCCUAUCUAAAGCCUGAUUUAGUUUGUGCACCAAAUUAUUUUAAAUGUAAAGAUGGCCAGUGCAUCAACAAAAACUGGGUUUGUGAUGGUAUGAAAGACUGUGCAGAUGGCUCUGAUGAAUAUGCAAAUUGCACACGCAGGCAUUGCUCUGAUACUGAACAUCAAUGUAAGAAUAAUAUAUGCAUACCACAAAGUUUCCUUUGUGAUGAUCGAGACGACUGCUUGGAUGGAGUGGAUGGAAAAUCUUCAUCAGAUGAACUACUGUCAGAAUGUGCUUCAAAAGUGAAGUGCAAGGAGAAUGAGUUUCACUGCAAUGGCACAUUGACGUGUAUAAGUAUGAGAAAAUUGUGUAACCAAAAGAAAGAAUGCCCGGAUGGAAGUGAUGAAGGCCCAAAAUGUGCAUUAUCUAAAUGUGAUGCGAAUUGUGCUGUAAAAUGCCAGAAGCAACCAUCUGGCAUUGGUGCUUGUAUAUGCAACGAUGGAUUUAAAGUGUCAGAAAAUGGUUCUUGUCAUGACAUUGAUGAAUGUAAGCUUCAACCAAGUGUUUGUGAUCAACUUUGCACCAAUACUGAAGGUGGAUACAAGUGUGCUUGUGUAGAUGGGUAUACGUUGGAAAAGGGAAGAGAAUGUCGUCUAAAUGCUGAUCGCCCCUCAGAGUUGCUGAUUGUUGAUGUUAAAGUCAUUAAACGAUACAAUGUUAAAACUGGUGUAAAUGCUCCACUAGUUACAAAUCUUUCACGUGGCAUUGCAAUUGAUUUUGAUGCUCGACAAGGCAGAAUAUUUUAUACAGAUGUUACUCAAAAUCUCAUUUACUCGUCUUUCUUAUAUAAUGACAGCAAAAACGUUGGCAAGGAAAAAGUCAUUGUCAAAACCGGAUUGGCUGUUCCCGAUGGGAUUGCAGUUGACUGGAUUACCAAAACAAUAUAUUUUGCUGAAAGUUCAGCUCAUCGUAUUGAUGUUGUUAGCUAUGAUGGUCUACACCGCUCUGCACUGAUCUCAUUAAACUUGACAAGCCCAAGAGGAUUAGCUCUCGAUCCUAGUGUGGGAUUUUUGUUUAUCACAGACUGGGGAGGGGAAGCAAAAAUUUUACGGUCUCAAAUGGAUGGUAGCAAUUUAAUACCCUUGGUUACUGAAAACAUUGGUUGGCCUAAUGGCAUCACAAUUGAUUAUACAUCACAAACGUUGUAUUGGAUUGAUGCACGCUAUGAUUACAUUGAUUCAGUCAACUACAAUGGAAAAGGUAGAAAAAACAUUAUCAAGGGUCGAGACUUUGUUCCACAUCCAUUUGCUAUAACAAUGUUUGGAAAUUACCUAUACUUUACUGACUGGGUGAAAAAAGGGGUGAUAAUGGUUAACAAAAACGACAAAACAAAUAAAGUCAUAUUUCAUAACCUAACUAGACCCAUGGACAUCCAGUUGUUUGACGUGAUCAGACAACCAAAUGCAACAAAUCCAUGCAAGACAAGAACUACGAGGUGUCAGCACAUGUGUGUUAUUAAAUCUCAUAAUGAAUCUGCAUGCUUAUGUAAAACACGUUACAAAUUAAAAAGUGACAGUGUAAGUUGUGAACUGGUUGACAAUUUUUUAAUAUUUGCACGUAGUUGGGAAGUUCGUGGAAUAUCUCUUGAUGAAGUGUACCCUCAUGAUGUUAUAAUGCCUGUGCUUGGAUUAAGCAGUGCAGUUGGCACAGAUUUUCAUGCACUUGAUGAAUAUAUUUAUUUUUCUGAUGUGUCAACUAACAAGAUUGGUAGAGUUUCUAUAGCUGAAAAUAGUGAAAACAAUAUUGAAUGGCUAAUAGAGAAGGACCUGCAAAACCCUGAUGGUGUUGCAGUUGAUUGGGUAGGGCAUAAUUUAUACUGGACUGAUUCAAAGGUUUAUGGGAAAUCAGAAAUCAGUGUAUCAAGAUUGGAUGGUAAAUACAGAAAAACAUUACUAAAUAACAAUUUGGGUAAACCAAGAGCAAUUGUCGUUCAUCCAACUGCUGGGUAUGUAUUCUACACUGAUUGGCUUGCUCCAGCCAAAAUUGGACGACUGCAUAUGGAUGGCACCAACUUUACUAUUUUAAUUAAUGGAACAUCAUUAAAUUGGCCGAAUGGCUUAAGCAUAGAUUUUGAUCAAAACAAAGUGUAUUGGGCAGAUGCAAAAAUAGAUAAAGUUGAAAGCAUGAAUUUAGAUGGUACUGGUCGCACCACUGUCAUUCCCAAAACACAGCAUACGUUUGGUUUAGCAAUUGAUAAUAAUUACAUAUAUUGGACUGAUUGGCUUGCUAAAGAAAUAAUUCGUGUGAAAAAAACCAACACGUCGGAUAAAAGCACUUUGAGAGGGGGUUAUGGUGGCCUAAUGGAAAUUCAAAUUUAUGAUAAAUCUUUACAAAAGGUAAAUGACAUCUGUCAAAAAGCAGGAUGCCAGCAGUUGUGUUUUUCCAUGCCUGGUAACCGUUUUGUCUGUGCAUGCGGAGAUAACUACACCCUUAACAGUGAUGGGGAGACAUGCAAAGCUUUGAAUGCUACAGUAAAACCAUCAAAAUGCGGAAAUGAUUUUUUUCAAUGUGAUAGUGGACAUUGUAUUCGAAAGCAUUGGACAUGUGACGGUUCAUAUGAUUGUAAAGACAAAAGCGAUGAGACAGAAAAGUUGUGCAAAAAUAUUACAUGUUCAAAUGGAACAUUUCAGUGUGAUGGUUAUCACUGCAUACCUGCAGCUUGGAGGUGUGAUUCAGAACUUGAUUGCAAAGACGGAAAAGAUGAAAAAAACUGUGGUAAAUGUGACAAGUUUCAGUGUCAUGAUGGUGGGUGUGUUGAAAGUUCUUUUCGGUGUGACGGAGUUGCAGAUUGUCGAGAUAAAAGCGAUGAAAUAGAUUGUGGAACUAUCAAAUGUAACCCUGCUACCCAAUUUCAAUGUGAAAGAUCAGUCGCUAAAUUUGGAAGUUGCAUCCCAUUGACAUGGAUUUGCAAUGGCAAUGCUGAUUGUGUGGAUGGUUCAGAUGAAGACGCAGCCAUGUGUCAUAAAUAUUACUGCCUUGGUAAUAAAGAAUAUAAAAGAUGUGGUGAUAAUCAGUGUAUACCAUCAAAUCUGCAUUGUGAUGGCACUUCUGAUUGCAAUGACUUUUCUGAUGAAAAAUAUUGUAAUAAUGCAACAUUACCAAGCUACUUCAACAUGACAAAAUGUCACCCUGAUGAGUUCACCUGUAACCGCAGUAAAAAAUGCGUCCCUAAGCAUUCUGUUUGUGACACAAUUAUGGACUGCGAAGAUGCGUCUGAUGAACUGAAUUGCACAUUUUUGGAGUGCUCGAGUCGUCAGUUCCAGUGCAAAAAUAAACGGUGCAUCUUAACUGAAGAUGUUUGUGAUGGUGCAAAUGACUGUGGUGACAACACGGAUGAGAAAAACUGUCCUGGCAAAAAAGCAUGCACUGGAAGAGACUGGUCAUGCUUUAAUUCCAGUAAAUGUAUUCCACUGCGGAAUGUUUGUGACUUGCACAAAGACUGCCCCUUUGGCGAUGACGAGGAUCCAGUAGGGUGUAAAAUUGACACUUGCGCAGACAUGAAAAAUGCGUGUUAUCAACAAUGCUAUGACACUCCGAUUGGACCUCGAUGUGCAUGUGCAAAAGGCUUUAAAUUAUCAAAUGAUUCAGUUAGCUGCUUGAACAUCAAUGAAUGUGCUGAAGAGACCAAUUUAUGUAGUCAUGUAUGUAGUGAUACAAAAGGCUCGUAUUUAUGCUCAUGUGUUCCUGGUUUUACUUUAAGGCCGGAUAGACAUUCCUGUUCAGCUAAUGGUAAAAAACCCUUAAUUGUAUUUUCUGAUCACAAAGAGGUUAAACAACUUGAUCCAGUAUCAGGGGUGGCAAAGACACUGGUUAACAGUUUAAAAAGUGUAAUUGGCAUUGACUUUUAUUGGAAGCAGGAAAGAUUAUACUGGUCAGAUGUUAGUGAAGACAAAAUAGAAAGAAUGUUUUUAAAUGGAACUGGUAGGGAAGUAAUCAUCAAUCAAGGUAUGAACUCGCCAGAAGGCUUGGCUAUUGAUUGGAUAGCCGAUAACAUUUAUUGGACAGACAUGAGGCUUGAUACAAUCGAAGCAGCAAAAACAGAUGGUUCUAUGCGAUCAAUAAUAUUGUCAGACAACCUUGAUGCGCCAAGAGCACUUGCAAUAGAUCCACAAGUUGGUUUUAUGUUUUGGACAGAUUGGGGAAAGAAACCCCGUAUAGAACGUGCAGAUAUGGAUGGUGGUAAUAGAGUUGUGCUAGUAACUGAUGGAAUAAAAUGGCCCAAUGGAUUGUCAUUGGAUCUACCAACAAAGAAAGUUUAUUUUGUCGAUGCAAGAAAAGAUUUUCUUGAUGAAAUGAAUUAUGAUGGAUCGAAACGCCGUACAGUUAUUAAAGGUCCCAACCCUCGAAUGAUAACACAUCCCUUUGCAUUAUCAAUAUUCGAAGAUUAUAUCUAUUUUACAGACUGGUCCCCUGGUUCCAUCAGAAGAGUAAACAAAUUCAAUGGCGGGUCUAAGCGUAUAUUUAGUAGUCAGUUAAAAAAGCCUAUGGGAAUUCAAGUACUGCACCAGGCUCGUCAGCCAAGAGACUUAAGAUUUAAAAAUUAUUGUGAGCAAUCUCCUUGUUCACAUUUGUGUGUUUUGCGACCUAAGAGUUAUGCGUGCAAGUGUCCAUUUGGAUUUCAACUUUCUGCAGAUAAUAAAACCUGUGCAACCAUUAAAGAGGUGUUGCUUUAUGCCAGGAGGCAAGAAAUUCGAGGUAUAUCAUUAGAUCCAAAAGACACAGUUGAUAAAAUCACACCCAUCACUGGAACAAAGAAUGCUAUCGGGAUUGACUUUCACUAUGCAAAAAACCAUAUUUAUUGGACAGAUGUCAGCAGAGACUCAAUUUCAAGAAUUAACAUCAAUGGAACAAAUAGGAUAGACAUAAUUCCUUCAGGUUUGCCCUCACCAGAUGGUAUAGCGAUUGACUGGAUAGCAGAAAACAUGUAUUGGACCGAUGCAGACACAAAGAAAAUUGAAGUUUCGCGUCUUAAUGGCAGAUAUCGAACUGUGAUUGUUUCUACUAAUUUAAGUCAUCCAAGAGCAAUAGUUGUGUAUCCACAGAAGGGGAUUUUAUUGUGGACAGAUUGGGGGCAAAAAGUCAUUGAACGAGCUAAACUGGAUGGUUCUAAUCGAAUUCCCUUGGUGAAAAAAAAUGUUGGUUACCCUAAUGGCAUCUCUAUUGACUUGAAAAAUAACCGUGUAUAUUGGUGCAAUGCCGAAAGUGAUGUUAUUGAGAGUGUCAAUCUUGAUGGUACAAACAGAAAGAAAUUGGCCAUUGCCUCUAAGUUCAUUGGACAUCCUUUUAGCAUAGCUGUUUUUAAAAAUUACGUAUACUGGACUGAUUGGCAAAAGCGUGCAAUCUUACGGGCAGACAUUGAUGGACAAAACGUUAUAAAAAUUCGUGAACAAUACAUGAGUUUGAUGGGUUUGCGUGUGUUUCACAAGGAUGCACAGCCUGCUGGCUCGAAUAACUGUGCUGUUGGUAAAAAACAAUGUGAACAGUUGUGUUUUGCACUUAGCGAGCAAACCAGUAAAUGUGGUUGUGCUACUGGCUAUACUCCAAAUCCAGAUAAUAGAACAUGUGCUGGUUCAAACACGUUUUUGCUCUUUUCAACAACAAAAGUGGUGCGUGCGAUGUCUGUAGAUGAGAAAGACACACAAGAGUCCAUUGUACCUAUUGUAUUGAAGUCCUCAUAUGCUGUUGACUUCCAUUAUAAAACAGGAACAAUUUAUAUGGUUGAUGAUGCGGCUAAUGUAAUAUACAAGGCUAAACGUGAUGGUAGUCCGCCAAUACCAAUUAUCACUACUGGAUUGCAUUUGCCACAGGGUAUAGCAGUAGACUGGGUAGCUGGAAAUUUGUACUGGGCAGAUCCUGAGACUAACUUGAUUGAGGUUUCAACCUUAAAUGGCACUCAUAGAUUUGCAUUGAUCAACCUUGGUUUAGAGCGGCCACGAUCUAUUGUUCUUUAUCCCUCGAAAGGUUUGAUGUUUUGGACUGAUUGGGGCUCUAAUGCAAAAAUUGAACGAGCGAACAUGGAUGGAAGUAAUCGCACAGUGCUAGUAAAUUCUACUAUCAUGAGCAGUUUAGGUUUAGGUGCAAAAAUAGUUUGGCCUAAUGGGUUAGCUGUAGAUUACGACACAGAUACUAUUUACUGGGUUGAUGCAAACAGUGACAUAAUGGCCACAAUGGAUUUAAAUGGAGGAAAUAUAAAGAUACAAAUGACUCACUUGUCUCAUCCGUACGCAAUUACGGUUGAUAAUACAUAUGUAUAUUGGACAGAUUGGAACAGUAAAUCAAUACACCGAGCCUUAAAAAAAGAUUUUACUGAUCAGAAAAUAAUCAAGAGUGAUCUAAACAAUAUACGAGAUAUUCAUUUCUACAAUGCAUCCAGACAACAAGGUUCAAGUGCAUGCGCUGGUGCUAGAUGUCAACAUUUGUGUUUAGCAACAUCGGCUACUACAAAAAGAUGUGUUUGCACUGCUGGCAAACUGGCUGCUGAUGGAAGAAGUUGUAGUCAAGUUGUUGACUAUCUGAUAUUUGCGAAAAGAAAUGAAAUUCAAUUUCUUGAUCUGGACCCACGGAGAAGAGCAUCGCCACAUGAAUCUAUUGAUAAAUUGCAAAACGCCAUUGGUAUUGAUUUUGAUUAUAGAAAUGGAACAAUUUAUUACUCUGACAUAUCCAGUAAGGAAAUUGGUCGCAUAAGUGUAAAUGGUACCGACAAAACAGUUCUUGUUCAUGGAUUGAAAACACCAGAUGGUAUUGCUUUUGAUUGGUUGACUGGUAUGUUAUAUUGGACAGAUGCACAGGAAAACACAAUAAACCGACUAAGUAAGGACAAGACAAAGGAAGUGUUAAUUCAUGAAGCGUUAGAUGAGCCCAGGGCAAUAGCCUUAAGUCCUUGUGAUGGACUGAUGUAUUGGACAGAUUGGGGUGAGAAGCCCUAUAUCAAACGAGCAACUAUGAAUGGUAUUAAUAUUAAAGCAAUAAUCCAAAGCAACUUAGGAUGGCCAAAUGGCUUAUCUGUCGAUAUGGAUGCUAGCAGAAUAUAUUGGGCUGAUGCCAGGACUGAUAGAAUUGAGUCUGCCACACUGGAUGGGAAAGAUCGUAGAGUAGUAGUCUCAAAUGUCCCACACGUUUUUGGUGUAACUUUAUAUGAAAAUUAUAUAUACUGGACAGACUGGGCAACACGCUCAGUGAUGAGAGCUGACAAAAUCUCAGGAGAUAAUCGUAUCUCUCUUAAAGAAAAAUUAGACGCACAGCCCAUGGAUAUCAAGAUCUUUUCACUAAGACGACAAAACUGUUCUCGUACACCUUGUUUUCACAAUGGUGGUUGUUCCGAUAUAUGCACAGUAGAAAACAAUGCUCGCACUUGUUCUUGCCCUGAAGGCAAAGUUUUACUACAUGGUUAUCGUUGUGUCCCCAAAAAACAUUCUUGUGCAAAAUCCACACAAUUUGUGUGCACGAAUGGAGAUUGUGUGGAGAAUGGGUUUGUCUGUGAUGGUGAUAAAGAUUGCCCUGAUGGUUCAGAUGAGGCAGAUAUUGUUUGUAAUAAUCAUACAUGUGCAGCCAACAAAUUUGCAUGCAAAAGGUCUGGACAUUGCCUACCGAUUAAAUGGAGAUGUGAUUCAGAGCCAGAUUGUUCUGAUGGAAGUGAUGAAGUAGAUUGUAAGAAAGAAAGUUGCAACGAAACACAAUUCGUUUGUCAUAAUGGUCAGUGUAUCUCUAAACAUUUCAGAUGUGAUGGUGAAUUCGAUUGCAUCGACAGAAGCGACGAGGCAAAUUGUCCUUUAAGGACUUGCAGACCGGGAUUAUUCAAAUGCACAAACGCAACUGGGUGCAUCAGGGAUGCCUGGGUGUGUGAUGGAUUCUCAGAUUGUGAUGACGGAUCUGAUGAAUCUCCGAACAAUUGUAAGCAUAUGAAUUGCACUAAAAACGAUUUCCAAUGUAAAGAUAAGCGCAAAUGUAUCCCAAAGCCAUGGAAGUGUGAUCUUGACAAGGAUUGCUAUGAUGGCUCAGAUGAGGAGAAUUGUUCAAAGCAUGUAGCAACUUGUGAUCCAACACAUCAAAUCCAGUGUGCUAGUACUGAAAGCUGCAUCGCGACAGAGUUUGUUUGUGAUGGCGAGAAGGAUUGUUUGGAUGGCAGCGAUGAAAAAAAUUGCAAUCAUACUUGUGCGUCAACUCACUUUCAAUGUGCCACAACGUCGCGCUGCAUCCCCCGUCGAUAUCAAUGUGAUGGUGAUGAUGACUGUGGAGAUGGAUCGGAUGAGGAUCCUAAAAUUGGAUGUAGUGCAAAAAACUGUUCCUCAGAUCUCUUUCCAUGCGCCAAUAAUCUUUGCAUCCGAAAAGCAUGGCGUUGUGACCGUGACAAUGAUUGUGGAGAUAAUUCCGAUGAGAAAGGAUGUUUAUGUCGUGCCGAUGAAUUCAACUGCACAACGUCAGGUGAAUGUAUUUCUCUUUCUAAAAGGUGCAAUGGCAUAUCUGACUGUGGAGACAACUCUGAUGAAGCCAAAUGCCAGUAUUGCCCUAAAGAUCAAUUUCAAUGUAACAGUUCAAAAAAAUGCAUCAGUGAAACGCAAGUAUGCGAUAAAGUUCAAGACUGUUCUGACAGUUCAGAUGAAAAAGGCUGCAAUGUGACCUGCACUAGUGUUGCGACUAAACCAUGUGAUCAUAUAUGUAUUACAAUGAAGAAAGGCUUCCGGUGUGCCUGUAAAACAGGUUAUCGUUUGGACAAAGAUGGGAGGAGGUGUACGUCGAACUGCCAUGACUACUCUAUCCAUGGCUGUAGUCAGUUUUGCACGCCCGCUAAUGUUAGCACUCGUGUUAGCCACCAGUGCAGCUGUGGACAAGGUUACACGCUGGAUGUUAAUAUGAGGUUGUGUAAACAAAGCACGAAACACAUGCCGUUCUUAUUAAUAGCUAAUAACUAUUUUAUUAGUAAGUUGAGUUUAUCGAAAACAGAGAAAUCAUACGAAGUGGUGCAAGAUUCUUCCAAUGUGUUCGCAGUGGACUACCAUUGGCAGAAAAAAAAGAUUUUCUGGAUCGACAAAGAUAUUUUUGUGAAGAAAUUUGACGACAAGAUGAGCAAGGUGAAAACUAUUCAUAGUGGUUUGAAGGAGCCUUUUGACCUUGCUGUGGAUUGGAUUGGUAAUAACCUCUACUUUGUGGAUGGCAAUACAAUUCACGUUUCAAAACUGGACGGAACGUUAAGGAAAGAAUUGUACAGAGAUAAAAAUAGUAAACCUUUGGCUAUUGCCUGUGACCCCUCUGCGGGCUAUUUGUAUUAUUCAACAAAAUCUCAGGGGAAAUAUGUUGGUACUAUAUCUCGCAUAGGCUUGGACGGGACUAAACCAAAAGUUGUAGUAAAUAAAGGUAUUGUUUACCCCGCGGAAAUAGUAUUAGAUCACGUGACCAAAACGUUGUACUGGAGUGAUAUGGACCUGAAGCAAAUAAGUUAUAUAAGAUUGACAAAUACCAGCUAUGGAUCCACCACCGGCACCACUCUCUUAGUUCGAGGUAUUGGCGAGGUUUCGAGUAUCUCAUUAUUUGAAGAUUAUCUAUACUUCUCGACUCAACGACAAUCUGUAAUAUACCGAGUUCACAGGUGGAGCGGUCUGAAUGUAACUUUAAUUAAAAGGACAAGAGGAAAAUUAGGUGAAAUAAAGGUUGUUCAUCCUUUACUUCAACAUCGUAUGGAAUCACAAUGCAGCAACGCAAAAUGUCAACGUCUCUGCCUUCUAUCACCAAAUGGUGGGUAUCAAUGUGCGUGUCCUAAUCAUUUUAAUUUAGCUGAAGACGGAAGAACGUGCAUUUCAAGUUGCAGCGCCAGACAGUUUCAAUGCAAGAAUAACAGGUGUAUCUCUUUGACUUGGCGUUGUGACAGUGAGAAUGAUUGUGGAGAUAAUUCAGAUGAAACGGAUUGCAAAGCAUCUAGCUGCGGUACAGGUAUGUUCCAGUGUAGAAAUGGAAAUACGACGUGCACCAGACAAUUUUACGUAUGUGAUGGUGAUGAUGACUGUGGAGAUAAUAGUGACGAAGAGAACUGUGAAGAUAGACCUUGCUUAAACUACCAGUUCCGAUGUGCUAAUCACAAAUGCAUUUUAAAAAGUCGCCGGUGUGACUUACGGAAAGAUUGCUCGGACGGAUCUGACGAGACAAACUGCACGACAAUCGCACCCACAUGCUCUACAUUACAAUUUCGUUGCGCAAAUGGUCAGUGCGUAGACAAAAGUGUGUUAUGCAAUGGAGAAAAGGAUUGUGAGGAUGGUAGCGAUGAAGACCAGAAAAAUUGUAGAAAAAUUGCUACCUGCUCGAGUGAAAGAUUCCGAUGCAAAAAUUCAAAGUGUAUUUCAAAAAGAUUUGUGUGCGACGGAGAUAAUGAUUGUCAUGACUACAGUGACGAGGAUCCAGCGGUAUGUCGCGAUACAACGUGUGAUGCUCAAACGCAGGCGUCGUGUGGUGAUGGACGUUGUAUAAUGAAGCAUUGGGUAUGCGACGGAGAAUCAGACUGCCUGAACGGUACAGAUGAAAAGAAUUGUCCGCCUCAGACAUGCUCUACUGAACAGUUCACUUGCAAAAACAACAAUUGCAUUAACAAAUCGUGGAAAUGCGAUGGUCAAGACGAUUGUGGAGACGGAUCUGAUGAGAUCUGUCACAGCAAAACGUGUGAUUCUACUAAAGAAUUUACAUGUAAAAAAUCAAGACGAUGCAUUGAUCAAAAGUGGCAUUGCGAUGGAUACCCAGACUGCCUCGAUAAGUCAGACGAAAUAGAUUGUCCAUCUGUGUCGCACAGAUCGUGUCGUUAUGCCGAUAAAUACAAUUGCAGUAGUGGUCCAUGCGUUCGUUAUGACUGGCAAUGUGAUAAUGUCACUGAUUGUUACGACGGAUCUGAUGAAGUGCAUGAGAUAUGCAGUACAGUGAGCUCCUGUAAUAAAAUCAGUCAAUUCCGUUGCCACACCGGAAUGUGCAUUCCCAAGUUCCAAUACUGUGAUGGUUAUCCCGAUUGUCCCGAUAAUAGUGAUGAAGACAGUUGUCUGGAAACAUGCAAAAACACAGAGUACAAGUGUAGUUCUGGAAAGUGCAUUCCCGAAACGAAAUAUUGCGAUUUCUUUAAAGACUGCCCGGACAACGACGAUGAAGCUAACUGCAUACGCAAAGAUAAAAAUAUCAGCUGCUCUUACCAUUGCCUAACUCAUUUGUGUAAACAGAAGUCCAACUGGGUGCAAUGCAUGUGUCCUCCUGGAAUGGAGUUUAACGCGCAACGACAGUGCGUGGACGUUGACGAGUGCGUUACGACGUCGCAUGUGUGCAGUCAAACAUGCCAGAACACUCCCCGUUCGUACAAAUGCAGCUGCGUGAAUGGUUACGAAAUGACGAAUUUUGGCCAGUGCAAAUUAAAAGGAAGGACUCCUAUCCUGUUUGUACCCACAGAUAAUAACCUGCUUCAGUUAUCCGCUAUUCGACCUAAAACUCAAAAUGAAUAUAGACUUUUUGAUAACAAGUUCGACUCGCUUGAUUUUUUCACUGGUCUCUCUGGUGAGCACCGUCCAAUAAUCAUCGGAGGUCAUCUUAAAACAUCAAAAAUUAUCGCCUACUCUGUCACUAAUUUAUUCUUUUUGCCGGAACAUCCCAAAUCAGACGGGACUAAGUGGGCUAAUCGAGUCAAACGAGAAAGCGAGCCAAUAUACUCCAUCGUUUCAAAUAUAUCGGAUGUCUCUGCUGAUAUAAUUAAUGUUGAUUACAUCGGCAGGAAUGUGUUUUGGGCAGAUAAUCGAGCAAAUGAGAAAAGCAUCUAUAUUGCAAGUUUGCCACACUUCAAACAUAAGAAGAGAAUUCUUAAACGUUUUACAACCAUAGAAGGAUUUGCAUUGGAUCCUGAAAAAGGGUCAUUGUUUUGGUGCGAAGAUUCAUAUCUCCCAAAGAUAUUUAAAGCUGACAUUGAUGGAAAAAACCCCCGAGUAUUUGUAAAAGACAGACUGAUGUAUCCAACGAGCUUAGCCGUUGAUCUUCCCUCGCAGAGGCUGUUUUGGUCCGAUUUGAAGAAACACUCGAUUGAAAGCGUGACUUUAGGCGGCACUGCGAGGGUGAUUGUUUAUGACCGUAAAAGAGAUCCCUCCUUCUUGUUUCCCUCCACCAUUGAUGUGUUGGAAGGUCAUUUGUACUGUAUGAUGAAAUACGGUGGGAAGUUAUUCAAAAUCAAUAAGUUUGGUCUAGGCAAUGCUACAGUUAUUAAAGAAGAUAUACCAAAAGCGACCAACGUGAAGUUAUUUCAUGAAAACAGACAACUACCUACCAGUAUCAAUUUUCAUAAUCCGUGUAUCCGAUCUACCUGCCCGGAAUUUUGCGUAGCUGCCAAUGGCAUAGCGAAGUGUGUGUGUACUGGCAAUCUUCCGGAUUGCAAACCAGAGUGCAACGAGGCUUUUUGUAACCAGAGAGGGGAUUGUACAAGAACAAAAUUCGGUGAAAAUAUAUGCACCUGCAAGGAGGGUUACACGUCAUUUUCCAACUGCAAGCAGAAGUGUCAUUGCAAAAAUGGUGGCACUUGUGCGGUCGAUAAAUAUGGAUUGGAAAUGUGCAACUGUACAAGUGGGUUUACUGGUGAAAAGUGCACAAAGAUUUGCAAACUUCAGUGUAAAAACGGUGGAAAGUGUCAGCUGGAUGAUCAUAGUGGCAAAGCGACUUGCAGCUGUCCAGAUGGGUAUGGAGGACCUCAUUGUAAGCUGACAUGUACCAAGACAACGUGUUUAAAUGACGGCAUAUGCAAAUUAACUGCCGCUAAGGUUCAGUGCGAAUGUCAAAUCGGAUGGGUUGGUGAACGUUGUGAAACAGCCUCGUGUGAAGGAUUCAAGUGCGCAAACAAUAGCUGCAUUGUUGUUGAUAAUGUUGCUAAAUGCAGGUGCAUUGGUGAUGACUGUACUACAACGAACAGCCCAAGCAAAUCCAAAACAAUGAUCGUUGCCGUCCCCAUCGUUGUUGUGGUUGUCUUGCUUUUAAUCGUCCUCAUCGUGAUUUUGUUGAGGAGGUCCCGUCAGAGAAAGCAGUUUAAACCACAGAAAAUUAAAAACAUUGAGAUGGAAAACCCGACUUAUGAGUACGGGAACUUCCGAAAUGAGUAUGACGACGCACCGGAAUCAGAUCGGGACUUUAUGAAACAAUCUAAGAACUUUGGCAACAUGUUAUACAGGGACGACACGUCGCCGUACGAUGCAAUUACUGCAGACGAACCAUUGUUUGGCGAGUCAUACAAUGAAAAAACCUUAUUGGUGGACAAUGAAGAAUACGAAGAAUUUUGAUCACGUGUGUACACGGAACAAAGAUGGAGUUCUUUCAUUGGUUAGAAAUAGACACGACGUCGACCAAUGGCUGGUUAAAUUUUGGACAAUAACAAAAUGAACAACAUUUCAAUUCAUUUCAUAUUAAAGGAUGUUAAUAUUUUUUUAUGAUUAUUUUUAUUCAUUUGUAUUUCAUUUUUUUAUUAUUUUUCUAUUUUUUUUUUUUUAUUGUAACCUUAUAUUUUUGUAUUUUUUGCAGUGACUUAUUUUUUUUUCACAGAAUGUGCAAAUAAAAUUUUUUUUGUACUUACAAAGUGUCUGCAGAAUCUUACGUGUUAUCAAACUUAAGAUAAUGUUGUUAACAA